AGACGCGGCUGGGGCCCGCGCGGCCCGGGCGCGGUCCCUGGUCAGGACUGCCCGGCCCCGGCCCCGGGCCACCCGCGCUCUCCAUGAAAAACCAGCUCCGCGGCCCCCCAGUGCGGGCGCACAUGUCGGCCUCGGGGGCGUCGGCGGCUGGGGGCACCGGGGCGGGGUUGGAGCCCGGUGUGGGGUCCGGCGCGGGCACCGGGGCGGGAGCGGUGACGGGCGCGGGGGCCAUGCCGUGCAAGAGCGCCGAGUGGCUGCAGGAGGAGUUGGAAGCGCGCGGCGGCGCGUCCCUGCUGCUGCUCGACUGCCGGCCGCACGAGCUCUUCGAGUCGUCGCACAUCGAGACGGCCAUCAACCUGGCCAUCCCGGGCCUCAUGCUGCGCCGCCUGCGCAAGGGCAACCUGCCUAUCCGCUCCAUCAUCCCCAACCACGCCGACAAGGAGCGCUUCGCCACGCGCUGCAAGGCGGCCACCGUGCUGCUCUACGACGAGGCCACAGCCGAGUGGCAGCCGGAGCCCGGCGCACCCGCCUCGGUGCUCGGCCUGCUCUUGCAAAAGCUGCGCGACGACGGCUGCCAGGCCUACUACCUCCAAGGUGGUUUCAACAAGUUCCAGACAGAGUACUCGGAGCACUGCGAGACCCACGUAGACAGCUCGUCCUCGCCCAGCGGCUCGCCGCCGCCCACCUCAGUGCUGGGCCUGGGGGGCCUCCGUAUCAGCUCGGACUGCUCAGAUGGUGAGUCAGACCGAGAGCUGCCCAGCAGUGCCACCGAGUCGGACGGCAGCCCUGUGCCAUCGAGCCAGCCGGCCUUCCCCGUCCAGAUCCUGCCCUACCUCUACCUUGGCUGCGCCAAGGACUCCACCAACCUGGACGUGCUCGGCAAGUACGGCAUCAAGUACAUCCUCAAUGUCACGCCCAACCUGCCCAACGCCUUCGAGCACGGUGGCGAGUUCACCUACAAGCAGAUCCCCAUCUCUGACCACUGGAGCCAGAACCUCUCCCAGUUCUUCCCCGAGGCCAUCAGCUUCAUCGACGAGGCCCGCUCCAAGAAGUGUGGUGUCCUGGUGCACUGCCUGGCAGGCAUCAGCCGCUCCGUGACGGUCACAGUGGCCUACCUGAUGCAGAAGAUGAACCUGUCACUCAAUGACGCCUAUGACUUUGUCAAAAGGAAAAAGUCCAACAUCUCACCCAACUUCAACUUUAUGGGACAACUGCUGGACUUCGAGCGGACGCUGGGGCUGAGCAGCCCGUGCGACAACCACACCCCCAGCGAGCAGCUCUACUUCUCCACGCCCACCAACCACAACCUGUUCCCACUCAACACCCUCGAGUCCACGUGAGACCAGGGGCACAGGCGGGCUGGGUGCCGGCCCCUCCCCCGCCCUCCACAGGGCCGAGUGGGCGAGCCCGUGCCUGCUGCGUCUGUCCUGAGGAACCCGGACGCCACCGAGAUCCAGGCUGAAGAGUGGCCGAGCUUUCCUUACCAUCCUGGGGCGGUGGAGCCCACAGCAAGGCCUCCCCCUGCAGGAUUUUCUGGAGAGGCCCUCGGCGCUCGGACACAUGGCUGCAGGGGUCCAACGGCGCCUCCUCCCUGUCCCAGGACCGCCGUUCUGCUGAUUGCCCAGUCAGUUUGGCUAUUUUUUAAAGACAUCCAUGGACCUGAGUUUACUUUUUACUUUCGGCAGGUAAAUCCAAGCUCCCUGGAGCGGAGAGUGUUCACAUUCUGAUUUUUCUUUUUUUAAAUGAAAAGUGUUAUUUUCAGGCUACAUGCAACAGUGGAUUGUAUAAACCAGUAUUUCAUCCCUUUCUUGAUCCUGCGAGAGAGAGACGAGAGAGAGAGAGAGAAGUGUUCUCAGUUUUGUUUUUCUUUCUAUUUCAAAAAGCAAUUAUUGGUUUUUUGUUUUCUUUUUUUUUAAUGGAAAAGACAAACCCCGUGUUGAUCUUGACCAAAUGCGUUUUGCACAUGUGUGAAGCCACCAUUUCUGCAGCAGGCCCUCCUUGAAGCAGUGGCUUGCUGCUCUCGGUGUCAGACCCCAGUCGGCCCACAUCUCCCACCUUGGCCCAGCCCAGCAUGGCCCUGCAUUGGCCUGUGACGGCCACUGCAAGUUGUGAUGGGUCGGCUAGACAGGUGGCCUUUGCAUCCUCUGCCCUCCCAACUGCCCCCGCUCCCCUGGUGGUCCCCAAGGCAGGAGACAGGAGGCCCUGCAGCUGCCCUGCUGGCGGUGGGGCCACGGGGGACUGCCAAGCAGUAGCAUUAGCCCUCUGGGCUCGGCCCCUAGGAGGGCCUGGGCCCCGGGCCCUUUUCUAUACAGACUCACUACUUCUGUCUCUUUCUCUCUCUCUGUUUGUAACUGAGAGCGGAGGCCCAGGGGCUAAGGGAAUCUUAGGUGGUGGGGGCCCAGCCCUGCUCCCCAAGUUUCUGUCUCACCCUGGCUGUUGCUUUGGUCCAGCUGCCACUCCCAGCCCCGUUGUCCCCGUGGAAGCCUGCCCAGCGCUCGUCUCGCCCAUGCCUUCUACUACCGGAACCUCGCACGCACUUCAGUCCUGGGGCAGGCGCAGAGGGGCGAGGAUGGACGCGUGAGAGGGAUGUGAGGCUCCGUCUGCCACUCCCACCCCCAGAUCCAUAGAACAAUGCCACGGAUUCCGUUAUCCUCCUCCAGUUUUGUUCCUUCUCCAACCUCAGUUCUACCAGGUGUCAGGACUGCGUGGGGGCCGGGCAUGGGGAGCCGCCGGGCCGGUCCCCCGAGCAAGCCAGCGCUCGGCCCGUGAGCGAGGCCACAGCCCCCUGCCCGCCGCACUGCGUCUUACCUCACAGGGGUUGUUUUCAGGGAUUCUUUAAAGGCAGCGGAUUAAAAUCUUGCCACAGUCGAGAAAUUGACAAAAAGCUUCCAUGCUGUACAUGGUUCUCUUUCUCUCUUUUUUACUUUUAAAAAGAAAAACCCAGAAAGAUGCAUCUGAUUUGUGUAAAUGAGGGUUUGCCAAGAGGGUGGCCAGUUUUGCUUUAUGAUCUUAUGAAGGAAAAUUUGUGACCCUACAUAUGUACACAUACAUAUAUAUAUCCCGAACCAGCAACGGGACUUUGUUUAUAUUGCAAAUAAAUAUUAUUUUUUCU